AUGAGCCAGGCGGUAGGUAGCAGGGCUGGGAAGUCGCAGCAGGUGCGGCCGAGCGAGGAGAAAGGUAGGAAGGAACGGCGGCGAGCGCAGAGGUGUGCCGGCCGUCGAGCUGCUUACCGGAAGGGGUGCGAAAAAGCGGGCAAGCUGCGCCGGAAGGGGGUAGCCCGGGCUUCUCGCGAAGGCCUCAAAAUUUCGGACGCGACGGCGGCCCUGGACCUGCGUGCCCAGACGCAAGCCCAACCAGACUUCGGCCAGCUAGACCACCAGCAGCCGCAGCAUCACCAUCAACAACAGCAACCGCCGCAGCAACAACAGCAGCAGCCACAACAACAGCAGCAACCGCAGCAUCCGCAACAGCACAACCAAAAUCCAGAGUCGCGUCCUCACCAUCACCUGCCACAGCAGCAUCAUCAUCAGCAUCACCCGGGGAAUCAUCUCCACUCUGGCGAUUCGGGGGGUGGGAUAGGAGGUGGAGGAGGAGGCGGCGGUGGAGGAGGUGGCGGCGGUGGCGGAGGUGGCGGUGGAGGUGGCGGCGGCGGCGGAAGCGCCGGUGGUGUUGCUGUUGUUGCUGGCGGAGGACCGCCCGGACCCGAGCCGGACCGGUCCACAAGAAUUCACGACGAAGAGGACGAGGACAUCACCGAAGCCCGAUCUUGA